AACUUCCAAUUGCAAUGCUUGCUUGUGCUCGAAUUGGUGCGAUCAAUCUUCUUGUUUCUGUUUGUAUAUCAUAUAAUAUGAUUCUGGUUUUUCUUUUCUGUUACUUCAGGUUGUGUUUGCUGGAUUUCUCAAAGAAUAAUGGACUGCAAACCUCAAGUUCUGGUCAGGUGCAAUGCUGUUAUGAAGAAUGAAUCCAAAGUUAUUAAUCUCAAAGACAUAGUUGAUACUGCGAUUAAUGAAUCGACUCAAAAUGGAAUUACAGUUGAUACUUGUUUGGCACUUGAAAAACCAUUCAGCUAUGAAAAGGUGUACUGCAGAUUGUGGGUGGAUUACUGGUCACAGUUAUGCGACUUACAGGCUCUGCUUAAUGGAGCAACAGUUGUUAUAUAUGAAGGGCUUAUUAUCCCAGACAACUUGAUGACAGAUCUAAUCUUGUUUUCAUGGGCAGAGUUUCAGUCUUCCUGUUUACCUUUAGAUUCGUAG